CCCCUCCGCAGCGUGGCAGGCAGGACGAGUAGCAGCGAGCAGCAAAAGCCCUGCGAGAGGAUUAGACACUGGGCAUCCUUUGCCUCCAAAAGUCCCUUGGAAGAAGAACACCAAGAGGAGGUGAAGGGGCAAAGGAGGGUGGCUAUUGGGAACCAUACCCCCAUAUCUCCUUCUUCUUGCUUUUAUGUUUGAUUGCUGUGACAUCAGCAAGAAAAAAAAAAAAAAGUAUUUUCUUCUGUUUGGAUUAAAAAGCGCCUUUUUGGGGGGGGAGGUUGGAAUGGAUGACCUCGCCUCAUCCGCGUCGUCCUUCUAAUGGAUCAUUCCAUCACUUGGAGUUGUCAUGUCCAAAGAGGAAGACACUGACUGACUGACUGGAACAUUUCUCAUUGAUUUUUUUUUUUUUUUUUUAAUAGGAAUCUAGUUGAAGGCUAGCCUUGGCGAGGACAGCGGGAAGAUGAGACCCCCCGGCCCUCUGCUCGUCCUGCUGUAUGUCACACUGUCGGCGUGUCUCAAGGUGGUCUCGAAGAGAGGCUCAGUGGACGGCUGCACGGACUGGUCGGUGGACUACCUGAAGUACCAGGUGCUGCAGGGCGAGCCGGUGCGGCUAAAAUGCGCCCUGUUCUACGGCUACAUCCGGGCCAACUACAGCCAGGCUCAGAGCGUGGGCCUCAGCCUCAUGUGGUACCGCAGCUCGGGCCUGGGCCACAGUGACUUCGAAGAGCCCAUCUCCUUCGACGGCGUGCGCAUGAGCAAGGAGGAGGACGCCAUCUGGUUCCGACCCGCCGACCUCCAGGACGUGGGCCUCUACUCCUGCGUUUUACGGAACUCCACCUACUGCAUGAAAGUGUCCAUGUCUUUAACGGUGGCGGAAAACGACACCAGCAUGUGCUUCAACUCCAACAUGCGGCGGAUGGAGAAGGCCGAGCUCAGCAAGAGCAAAAAUGUUCUGUGCCCCGACAUCGACGACUACGUGGAGCCCGGCAAGGAUCCGGACAUCACCUGGUACAAGGAAUGCCGUCCAAAGCAGUGGCGAGCCAGCGUCUUUCAGAAGAGGGACAUCCUGUCUUUCCAGGAGGUGAAGGAGGACGACAUUGGAAAUUACACCUGCGAGGUUCAGUUUGGCGGCUUUGUGGUCAGGAGGACGACGGAGCUCACCGUCACCGCCCCUUUGACCGACAAGCCUCCAAAGAUCCUGUUCCCUUCGGAAAACAAGAUUAACAACAUGGAGCUGCAGCUAGGAGGAGCUCUCAACCUGACGUGUCGAGCCUUUUUCGGCUACAGCGGGGACGUCAGCCCACUCAUCUACUGGAUGAAAGGAGAUAAGUUCAUCGAGGAUCUGGACGAGGAGCGAGUGCAGGAGACAGAAAUCAAGGUUGUCAAGGAGCAUCUCGGCGAGCAGGAAGUCGCCAUCUCCUUGACGAUCGACUCGCUGGAGGAGGAGGAUCUGGGAAAUUAUUCGUGUUACGUGGAAAAUGGCAACGGCCGUCGCCAAGCUACCAUCCAGCUCUUCAGGAGGGCAGAGCUCAUGUACACGGUGGAACUGGCCGGGGGUCUCGGGGCCAUCCUGCUGCUACUCAUCUUCCUCAUCUCGCUCUACAAAUGCUACAGGAUCGAGCUGAUGCUUUUCUACAGGAGGCACUUUGGCAGCGACGACCUGGAUGGAGAAAACAAAGACUACGACGCCUACUUGUCCUACACUAAAGUGGACCCUGACCAGUGGAGUCAGGAAACCCGCGAGGAGGAGCGCUUCGCCCUGGAGAUCCUCCCUGACGUGCUGGAGAAACAUUACGGCUACAAACUCUUCAUCCCAGACCGAGACCUCAUUCCAACAGGAAGUCUCACCACUGAGCAUUACCAGGACGACACGCGGCUCUUUGGAGCCUACAUCGAGGACGUGGCGCGCUGCGUGGACCAGAGCAAGCGCCUCAUCAUCGUCAUGACGCCCAACUACGUGGUGCGGCGGGGCUGGAGCAUCUUUGAGCUGGAGACGCGGUUACGCAACAUGCUGGCCACCGGCGAGAUCAAGGUCAUCCUCAUCGAGUGCGCCGAGCUGCGCGGCAUCAUGAAUUACCAGGAAGUGGAGGCGCUCAAACACACCAUCAAGACGCUCACCGUCAUCAAGUGGCGCGGCCCCAAGAGCAACAAGCUCCACUCCAAGUUCUGGAAGCAGCUGCAGUACGAGAUGCCCUUCCGCCGCACCGAGCCCAUGCUGGGCCACGAGCCGGCGCUGGACGUCAGCGAGCAGGGCGCCUUCGGCGAGCUGCAGACCGUCUCGGCCAUCUCCAUGGCGGCGGCCACCUCCACCGCCAUGGCCACAGCCCACCCGGAGCUGCGCUCGUCCUUCCACAACUCGUACCACACCACGGUGAGGCAGAAACACUACUACCGCAGCUACGAGUACGACCUGCCGGCGGGGGGCACCCUGCCGCCGCUCUCCUCGCUGGGGAACCAGCACACCUACUGCAACAUCCCGCUCACGCUGCUCAACGGCCAGAGGCCUCCCGGGAAGGGCCGGGAUCACAGCCUGGAGGAGGCGCACGCCAACAAUGCCAUGCUGCCGCUGUUGCCCCGGGAGACCAGCAUCUCCAGCGUCAUCUGGUAACCCCCUGGCGGGGGCAUGGGCGGGGUCGUCGGCGCGGACGGACGACAUCAUCCAAAUUCGAGGGGGACUUCUCCCACCGUCUUUUUUUUUUUUCUAUGGGAUUUCUAAUCGUGACAUCCUGGACGAGACAGUCCCACACUGAAGAACGGUGGACACGUGCACGCACCGGCACACGCAUACAUCGGACAACAAGGAAAACAGGGUCUUGUACAUAUAAUCGCAAUUUCUUUGUAGCAUUUCUGUUCUCGCAUUUCAUUCAGUCUGUUGCCUUCUCUACUGUCGGAGUUUGCGUUUAACUCUGCACAUCCAGGGAGGAAAUAAGGAUUUGAUCCCCUAAAGCAGGGGUCGGCAACCUUUACCACUCAAAGAGCCGUUUUGACCCGUUUCACAAAAUAAAGAAGACAAUGGAAGCCGCAACCAUUCUCGCGAAUGUCUGCUGGUGGUCAUCCAGACAACAAGUAUAAGGCCGUGCUAUGAAGCCAUUGUCUUAGACGCCUUCUACAACAUGUACAAACUGCUUGGCAGUCCAGCAAAAUGUUGUUUGUGGCUUCCGCAGAUACACGUACACGACUGCAAGGCAUACUGGG